CUUUAGUCGCACGAUCUCGUCCGGAGCGUCGAGCCGCUCCGCGUCGCGCCUUGAGGCCAUCGAUCGGUCGCCGGAUUGAUCGCCGCCCACCGCGUUCCUUCUCUUCCUCGGGACUAAUUCGAAAUCACGGAUUGGUGAACACGCGAAAGGAGAAGCACCCACGCGCGCAGGCAACUUGUACUCGCAUCAGAUACGAUCGAUCGAUCGGUCGGUUGAUCGAUCCAUCGGUCGGUCGGUCGGGUCAGGAUCGGUUUUUUUUUCUCGUCCGGACACUAAAAGCAAGGAUCAUCGUCGACGCUGUUCAUCCCUGAGCCGCCCGCUUGCUCGCUCGCUCACUCGCUUGCCCGCCGCUUUAGUGAAAGUUUCGACCGCGAGAGAUUACACGCAACGUAUAUCGGUGGUCAUGGUUCUCGUGGGUUCGGUGCAGGUGAACCGCGUGCGUGCUACCACACACACGUUCGGUGGAUCUUAAAGGUACCUCGGCGGAGCUGGCUCCGGGCGGCCCGGACGCACACCGGUGAGAAAGGUGGGUGCGCGCAGGUGCUGGGGAUAUGUUUGAUUAACACGAACGAAACUGGUUUCCUGUGGCGAAACGCGUGACCGUGCCCGCCACCGCCACCGCCGCCGCCACCGCCGCCGCCGCCGUCGCCGCCGCCAUUCGCCGUCGAAGUCCGCGAAGAAGUGCCCGGUGUCUAUGAGACCGUGAAAGCCAGGCGGUGCGUGACGAUGUCGUCGAGCGGUGAAUUUUCGACGCUGUCGAGCGGUGAGGUCACCGGGACAGGCGACGACUCGUUGCCCAGCUCCCGGGAGGCGACCGCGGAAGCGGCGAAUUCCGGGGGCGGAUUUAUGCCGCUACGCGAGUUCCUGGACAGAUUCUCGUUGCCGAGGGUGGUCAGAGUGGAAGGCGCCGGCGGAAGGCCGAUACUGUUGUACAAACAACAGCAACGAUCGUUGCGAGUCACGGCCACCCUGCUGAUGCACCGUUAUCGCCAUGAUGUUAAAGUUGGACCGGAAAUCGUGAUCCCGGAAGGGUAUCCCGGCUGGUUCUCUGUUGUCUCAAAUAACAGUGGUACCGGAAGUGCCAGGGUGUACAGAAGAGUGGGAGCUUUGGUUCGAGCUGGUGUACCUGCGUUUCUACUUGCCAAGCCACUCAGAGCUUACACGUUGACACACUCAAAAAUGGAAAACGGGAAUCUAAGGGCUCACUAUACGAAGACGACAGUCCGGGCAGGCGAGGUUCUGCGACUCGCCGCCGUUUUCCAGGACACGCGGAGGGCGCCAGUUUCUAGCGGCAUUUCCGGCGUCGUCAGCGGUGUCCCGGAAGGUAAGAGUUCAAGGUCAUCGGAACGAGACCAGUACGCGCAGUGUCUGGACUCCCACGGGCAUGAACUGUUCGCGCCGCUUUCCGCGAGGGGAGAGUUUUACGCCACUUGCCAGAGCGGAAGCCUCGACACCGGAAGCGACGCUGUAUUGUACAGAGUUCAUCAGCUUGCCAGAAGGGAUCUUCCUUUAAGGGUACGAUUAGUUGCUGGACCCUUGCCGAUACCAUUGCCACGAGAUUAUAGCGGACUGAUGCAGCUGGAAGGCGCGACUAGAGGGCCCAUAGUGUUAGGUUGCGCGGUACCAUUGAUACCCGAAAGGCCUCUACCGAAUUCCACGGUCCCAGAACUCCUCGAACUGGUCGCGACGGGACCGACAGCGCCUCGAGUGAAAAGGGCGCGGUUGGGCUGUCCUUCUGAAGCACGGCUGUUGGCGUCGCCGAAGAUGCAACGGUUACUCUCGGCUUGCAGAAGAGCGUUGGACCAAAGGGCGACGGAGCCGCGCGUGGCGCCUCCAAAGCCGCCACCAGCUAACGGCCCGCUGAAGGAACUCCACCUGAAGGAAAUCAAAUCGAAAACCGAGGCGAAGCCGAUCCUCCAGAGCUUGAAGGAAGGCCUAGAGCACAUCAAGCGUACGACGAUCAGGGAUCGCAGCAACAGUCGAGUGAGCAGCAACAACCACAGCUUCCUCGACCGGAUCUCGAGGAUAGCGCAAGGUGGAAGGAGCAGGAACCCGGCGAAGAAGUCUGCCUCGUUCACGUUCGCCGUCCGGCCGGAAAUCGGCAUGAGGUCCGAGAGAUACGCAAGCCUCGAAUCGGAAACAAAUCUGCUACAGGCGUCACCGUCCUCGAGACAGCAGGUGCAACGAUCAGUUUCCACCAGCGUGCUAGAGGUCCAAACGCAACAGGACCUGGACCCGCCGUACUCCAAGGUUAGAGACAGUCUAACACCCCUGCCGCCGACCCCGCCAUCCAAGACAGAGGAGAUCUACGCGGAGAUCUGCGAGCCGACGAUCGCUAGCGGCAAGCCCGAGGAAAAACCGCCACCCGGUGGCAAGAACGGGACCAGGGAGAAGGAUAGGGGAUACGUGAAGCUAGCACUGUCCCAGUCGGAGAUCUCUGCUGCAGACGACGAAGAGGGGAUUUAUAAUACCGUCUGCUGAUCGUGAUCUCUCCUGGGCUGCAAGACGAUAGCUGUCCGGGAAAGGGACCGGUGGAGGAGGAAGUUUGAAGAGAGGUUUUGCAGAUGGAAUGAUGUGGGAAAACGUUCUUGAAACAAUUGGAAAAUUCUUGGCUGGGGUUAGUAGAAUCUGUUGGGUGGCGAGUAGGUGGGUUUUGAUGAAAUUAAACUUGGAUUUGUUCUGUUUUACGGAGAAGGAGCUGCGAAUGGUAUGUAUCGUAGAAAACCUGUAUUUGGUAGAUGCAGUUUUGAUGAGAUUCUUUGUGUGCUGCGAUACAGGUUCGGAAUUCUUUUUGAGGCGCGACGGUUAGUAAACAGGUUUAUAUGAAACAUUUGCUUGUUUGAAGAAGUUGGGUAAGUUACAUGCAGUUCACUUGAAUAAUGAAAAGUUGAAAAAAUUAAACUUCCAAAAAUAUAUUUAAAAAUACUGAAAAUAUAUACAACUUAAAUCAAAAAUUUAACAAUCGAUUAAAUGCUUUGUAUCAUGAAUAUAUCUUCAAGACGUAAAAGAUUAACAUUAUACAAACACCAAUGAAUUCUUCAAAUUUCAUCCGUUAACAAAUUAAAACGUCAAACUCCUCAGCAUUUUCGUUUGAACUUACCUAGUUCAAACUUAUUAUGAAACCCAUAAUGUCCCAAAUAUAUUUCCAACAACUAUGAUUCUCCAAUUGUUUCGAGCCGCACACAUCGCCACCACUCGUACAGCGCUGCCAUAUCCGUGCUCGGAUGUAUAUUUUCCGCUGGACCUGUGAACAGUAUGGAGAGCAGUAUCGGAACGCAUCGAGUCCCCAGAGUUCAUUGAUGGAGAUAACACGCGACUUCCUGGGUCGAACUGGAGAACCGUUCGGGCAGAAACGGCGCGGCGAUGCACCAACGGAAUUUACAACGCCAUUUGCCGAAGAAAUUAUCCCUCCGAGGUCUUUUUCUCCCCUUUUUCCUAGCUGAGAGCGGCGGCGUCCUUCACGGGGCACCGGGCGGAAGAUUUACAAGGCUGUUGACCGGGGAAAAUGAUCGCGUAAUUACGGUCCCGUGCGUGUACAGAGGAUGUAGCGGACCUCACCGGGACGCAGCGUGACUUCCGGUACCGGGGAAUCUGUGCUGCGGCUGAUCGAUGUUAUUAGAACCGGUCGAUCGCUUCUAUUCGAUCCUCGAACGCUGAUAUGCAAACGUGAAAUUCGACGGAUUCGCGAGUAUUUCGUGCGAUCCAGCAUAUGAAACUGCGCGAGACUGGUUUCGAAAGAGUGUACAGACGUUUAGGUGGUCCUUCCUUUUAUUAAAAGAACAAAAAAAUGAUACAGUUCCUUCCUGUGCGAUUACACGCGAGGAACUAUGCGAUUUUCCGACGCGUCGAUCUUCUGAAUGCCUUUUCGGUGACUUAAACCCCUUUAAACACAUUGUGUGCGUUAUUCGAAUGGUCUUUAAGUGUUUUUGGUAUCAUUCAUGAGCAAAUUUAUUAUUUCGAUGAAGAAUUUUGGAUGACAAAUAAAAUGCGAGGAACCUGAAUUUGUAUAUUUUAUACUGAAUAAUGAUAUGAAUUUAUUAAUAAGAUGUCAUGGAGGAGCUCCGUAAUAUUGUUGCUUUUUGAUUGUGAAUAUAAAAACUUUUUAUAUCGGUGAACAAGUUGUUAAUAACUGUUAUUGUGAAUGCUUAAAGGAAUACUAAAGGUUGGAGAUGCAAACAUCGAUUUUCGUUGAGAAUAACUCUAUUAUGUUAAAAUUAUAAUUACAUUGCUAAAUAUUUUUGAAGUUUUCACUGUAUGUUACAAAUGAAUAAGGUUCCAUAAAAUAAAGAAAAUUUUUGACCGAUGAGGUUAAUUAAGGAGUUGAAAGAAUUUUCUUAAUCCUAAGCGUUUUAGGAAAGGAUAUCGACGUGUCUACCAUUUUGUAAAUUUAAUCUUAGUGUAACUGCUGAAGUGUUUGUCCAUGCGUUUUGUACAUUUGUUAAUAUUCUGCGUACUGAAUG